AUGGCAACAGCACCCACAGUACAUAUCAUUGGUUUUGGAUCAAUUGGGGGCCUGAUAGGUGUCCAUCUACAAUGCGCAGGCAUUGCACGCGUCGUGCCCGUUCUCAGCUCUCCGGCACGUGCUGCCCUAUUCCACGAGCUAGGAUCUAAGGCCACCCUUGACUCCGUGCAUUGCCCGGAGACGCCGCCACUCUCUGCAUAUUUCCCGGCAGCAGUGAGCACGAGCGAUCUUCAGGAGACGGGCAGCCCCAUCGACCAUCUCGUGAUCACGUGCAAGGCCCAGCACACCCUUGCCGCGCUCCGACCCGUGUGGCCGCUUCUGCACAAUGGCUCGACCAUCGCGCUGCUGCAGAAUGGUCUUGGCGUUGCCGAGUUGCUGCGCGCCGAAGCGUCGCGGCGCGGCCUGUCCCCAACGCUCUUCCAGGGCGUAGUCACACACGGCGCCCACCGGGACAGCCACUGGAACCUGCACCACGCAGGCAAGGGCCAGCUGCUGCUGGCUUGUCUACCACGUGACCCCACCAGCAUCAUCCAGGCCCCUGCGACGGUCGCGCGGGCGCGCGCCUCCCCGCUGGCAGCCGCCCUGCUGCGCACGCCGCUGGAUGCUGCUCUGCUCCCGUACCAGCAGCUGCUACCCCGCCAGCUCGAGAAGCUCGUGGUGAACGCCUGCAUCAACCCGCUCUCCGCUCUGCUGGACUGCCCGAACGGCGCCCUGGUGCCCCAGCGCGAGCUCUUCGCCGCCAUCGCCGCCGAGGCCGCCCCCGUUCUGCGCAGCGCAUACAGCGCGCUCUUCUCUUCCACGACCGGCCCCCCGCCCGCCGAUCCAGACCUGCUCGCUCCCGAACGCCUGUCCGAGAAGGCUGCUGCCGUCGCUGUCGCCACCGCCAGUAACUCGUCCUCGACCCGCGAAGACGUCCGUGCCGGCCGUACGACUGAGAUCGACUUUAUUAACGGCUACAUCGUCGACCUGGCUGCUGCCGCGGGCCUUCCCGCCUCUGCCGUCCGCCUCAACCGCGCACUCCAGCUGCUUGUUCAUGCCCUGCGGCGCUGA